GCCGUGUAUGUAGGAACUUGAAUUAUAUUCACGGCUAUUUGCAGGUGUUAAAUGUGAUGGUUUUUAUAAAAGAUUUACAAAAUGGAUGUGGUAGGCCUUCUAAAUAAUAUACAUGACAAAUCGGAUAUGUUUGCGGUCAAGACCUGGACGGCGGAAUGGACUAACAAUUUUGAAGAAAACCAAUUGCUAUGGUCGUUCUGUGCUUGCGUCGUGAUCUCACUAGUCGUAGUCUUCUUCUAUUACUACAGAAGAUGGCGGUCGAAAGAAAUGCUAAACGGCGCCCCAGCCACAGUGGAGCCAGCGAAGCGUUUCCGCAAACGCGACAAAAUGCUGUUCUACGGACGCAGAAUGCUGCGCAAAGUGAAAUCCAUUUCCAACUCCGGUCAGGGUAGAAAGCGGCGCGCCGUCAUGAGGUUUGCGAGGAAAUUGUUGCAGCUGAAGAAAGAAUCGGCCCCUGAACAGUUGAAGGUCCUAGAACCCCCCGCGGAAUAUCUAGAAGAGGACCUGACCAACGACGACCGGGUGCCACCAGACGCCCUAUACAUGCUACAUAGCAUCCGAGUAUUCGGACACUUCGAGAAACCGGUGUUCCUGAUGCUGUGUAAGCAUACGGAGAUCCUCAAUCUGCCUGCGGGGGCUUUCCUGUUUAAAGUUGGUGACACAGACGAGAACGUGUACGUAGUACAGAACGGUCGUGUCAACGUAUACAUUACCAAUCCAGAUGGCAGCAGUCUUUCUCUGAAAGUCGUCAGAGCGGGUGAGAGCGUCACCUCACUGCUGAGCUUCACUGAUGUGCUUACGGGCCACUCGCAACCGUACAAAACAGUGAACGCCAAAGCAUUAGAAGACUCGCAAGUCAUCAAGCUGCCGAUGAGAGCCUUCCAGGAGGUCUUUCACGAAUACCCUGACAUUUUCGUCAGAGUUAUACAGAUCAUCAUGGUGCGAUUACAGAGGGUGACAUUCACAGCACUACAUCAGUAUCUCGGUUUGAGCGCCGAGUUGGUUAAUCCAGGCCGUGAAAGACGCCGACCUACCACAGUCGCCUCGUCACCAGGUCGCAAAGCCACAGUGGACUCCAGUACUUCCAUGCAUUCCCCCCACCACACCGAGAGAACCGAACAUUCUCAAGAGAACGGACACGCCGCAUCCACCCCCAUCAACAUCGCGAGAAAAUCGAGACCCGACAUGGUGCCCGAUAUUACUACUAACACACCUCAGCAGCAGCCAGAUGUGCAGCCGACAUCUUCGUCGUUCCAAAGGAGCAAAGAAGGAUCCUCCUUUAAGAAGAAUAAUACUGACAACAUGGACGAACAGGCAUUAAUACGAAUAGCGACCGAAGCUUUCAUAAAGGAGCUCGGACUCGACAACGACCAACUGCUUCAAGGAGCGGUACAAGUCAGAGACUUACCUGCAGGAACCUAUAUCAUGAAAGAAGAGAGCCAUAAGGACGUGGCACUGGUGUAUCUACUGUCCGGAGCACUGCUAGUGUCACAGAAAGUCGCUGAAGGUGAAGGCGAGGUGCAUAUGUUCACCGCUUACCCAGGCGAAGUGGAAGGCGGUCUUGCAGUGCUAACUGGCGAGCCAUCCUUCUUCUCAAUACGAGCGAAACACUUCUCAAGAAUCGGACUCCUGUCCAAAACAACAGUAUACAGUAUCAUGCGAGAGAGGCCAUCUGUGGUGCUACAUAUAGCCAAUAGUGUUGUACGGAGAUUGUCACCGUUUGUGCGACAAGUGGACUUUGCUCUAGACUGGGUGUUCCUAGAAUCCGGUCGCGCCGUAUACCGUCAAGACGAAGAGUCUGGCUCCACGUUCAUAGUGCUGAGCGGUCGGCUGCGUUCCGUCAUAACGCACCCUAACGGCAAGAAGGGGCUGGUCGGAGAGUACGGGAAGGGCGACUUGGUUGGCAUUGUGGAGAUGGUGACACAAACCCGACGUAGCACCACCGUGAUGGCGGUCCGAGACUCCGAACUGGCCAAACUACCAGAAGGCCUUUUCAACGCGAUCAAACUACGCUUCCCCGUAGUUGUUACAAGACUUAUCAACCUACUCGGACACAGGAUAUUAGGUUCAUGGCAGAAGCCGACAGCGGGCCUCGGCGGAGCGACUUUAGAACCUCGAGUUUCGGCUCACAACUUCUCAACAGUAGCAGUUGUUCCUGUGAGCGAUGACGUACCGCUCACUGCCUUCACUUAUGAACUGUACCACUCGCUCUGCGCUAUAGGGCCGACAGUUCGCCUGACUUCAGAUGUCAUAAGAAAACUACUGGGUCUGACAAUAAUGGACCCGAACAACGAGUAUCGACUCAGCUCGUGGUUGGCCCAACAGGAGGACAAACACAAGGUGGCCCUGUACCAGUGCGAUCCUAGUCUAACGCAGUGGACGCAAAGAUGCAUCCGGCAAGCGGACUGCAUCCUAAUCGUAGCUCUUGGAGACAAACAGCCUAGUAUUGGAAAGAUAGAGAAAGAAAUCGAGCGUCUAGCCAUCCGUACACAGAAGGAGUUAGUUCUUUUACACCGCGAAGGCGGAGCGAACCCCAGCGGUACAGUCCACUGGCUUAACAUGCGAACAUGGGUGUCUCAGCAUCACCAUGUGAGGUGUCCUCAUCGGAUGUUCACUAGAAAGAGUCAGUACAGAGUUAGCGAGUUAUACAGCAAAGUGUUGAUGUCAGAAGCGAGCGUGCACUCAGACUUCUCGCGACUGGCGCGGUGGCUCACCGGGACCUCGGUGGGGCUGGUGCUGGGCGGCGGCGGCGCGCGCGGCGCGGCGCAUGUCGGCAUGAUACGGGCCAUACAGGAAGCCGGUAUACCCAUCGAUAUGGUAGGAGGCGUGAGCAUAGGCGCUUUCAUGGGCGCCCUCUGGUGCAUGGAAAGGAACAUUACCACUGUGACGCAAAAGGCCAGGGAGUGGUCACAGAAAAUGACCCAAUGGGGCAAGCAGCUCAUGGACCUGACCUACCCAGCGACAUCUAUGUUCUCCGGGCGACAGUUCAACACAACAAUACGUACCACCUUCGGCGAAGUACACAUUGAGGAUCUAUGGCUGCCGUACUUUACAGUCACUACGGAUAUUAGUGCGAGCUGCAUGCGGGUUCAUAGGCAUGAUACGCUGUGGAGGUACUGCCGGGCGUCGAUGAGUAUAGCGGGCAUUUUCCCGCCGAUCUGCGACCCGAAGGACGGGCAUUUGCUGCUGGAUGGUUGUUACGUCAAUAAUGUGCCUGCCGAUGUUAUGCGCUCAUUGGGCGCCAAACAUAUUUUGGCCAUUGACGUGGGGUCCCAAGACGAUACGGACCUCACGAACUAUGGCGAUGACCUGUCUGGGUGGUGGUUGCUAUGGAAAAGAUGGAACCCGUUCACAACUCCGGUAAAGGUGCCAAAUUUGCCAGAUAUCCAGAGUCGACUCGCCUACGUUUCCUGCAACCGCCAACUUGAGGAAGUGAAGAAAUCCGACUACUGCGAAUACAUCCGACCGCCUAUCGACGCGUAUAAGACUCUUCAAUUCGGCUCGUUCGACGAAAUCCGCGAAGUGGGAUACCGUCACGGCGCGGCGUACUUCGAAGGGCAGCGGCGCGGCGGCGGCGGCGGCGUGUCAGGAGCCGCGGCAGACCCGAGGCGGACUGACGACCUCCCGCAACUGACCGACUACACGUUCACGGACCUAGCACAGAUGGUGUGCUCUGUGCGCACGGGGCGCGGCGCGGACAACGACUCCUCUUCCUCGUCCGACUACGAGGAGGACCCGAGACACUUCGAGGGCUACGCCUCGGAGCCCAGCGCGGGCAUCAUGGAUAUGUCUUCAAGUGUCGAGGAGAGAGCGGCUUGGAUCAGUGACACUGAAUUGGAGGGUCUGCGAACCCGGCGGGUCGGUGGGUCCCUCUCGCUGUCUGAAGACGAAAUUGAUUCCGAGUCGGAGGUGUAUGAUCCGCUUAAUAAACGUGGAGGGGGCAGGUGAGACCCGACCCUGCACGAUUUGUGCAAAGCGUUGUACGAGCAUGCUCGCGGUGUCUUCCAAAACUGAACGGACCGCGGACCAGUGUAAUAACCAUUUGCUAUACCAAAUAUGGACUUUAACCAGUGUAGCUUUAGUUGUAAGCUAGGCCUCCACUCGCAUCGCACAUCGGUCUUUGGAAAGAAACAACGUCACAUAAGCAAGAAAGAGACAAUGCUCUACGAAAACCGAUGGGCAAUUAUUAUCGCCGGGUACUGUACAGUGUGCAUCAAUGGAUGGAUACACUUGUGUGACUUUCUAUACAAAGAAUACUAAAGGCGAUGCGUACGAUGCGGGUCUGUGGACGCUUGCCUAUAGGGAACAGUCUGUUGAGAUGAGACUUUGUGUGUAAAGCGCCCUAUCGUCACUACUUUGAAAAAAUCUCGUAUCUCACACUGCUCCUCAAAGUUAAAACGCAGUAAGUCUAUAUGCAUACUA